CUGCUCUUGGACGUACUUCAAUUGUAGGUUCCGAACCGGCGCACCGUGCGCACACAGUCAGUUUUAGCUUGGCGAUGACGAAUAACGCAGACGCGGCAAAAAGUUUAGCUAGUGAUGCAUCGGGCCCUAGCAGUGAGUUCACACUAUCUUUCCACAACCUUGAGCUUAGUGCGGAGAGGAGCGGUAAAAGGGCUAAAGAUGUGCCAAACAACUUGAUUUUGGAUGAUGUAUCGGGAUCGCUCAAGUCCGGCCAGUUUACGUGCAUUUUGGGACCAUCUGGAGCCGGCAAAUCAAGUCUGUUGAAUGUGCUAAGUGGUUACAGAAAGGCCUGUGUAUCGGGGCAGAUUCUCCUCGAUGGGUCACCUUUAUCUGAACGCCAAAUGCGGAAUCUCAUAUCGUACACACCACAGACGGUAGCGCUUUGGCUUAAUCUUACAGUCAAAGAAAGUCUAAGCUUCGCUGCUGAUUUCAAACAUUCUAAAACCCAAACACACCAUCAAAAGAAGCAAUCCCGCCAAAACCUUCAAAACAUCUUAGGACUAGAAAAAUGUUCGGAUACCCUAGUGAAGAACCUUUCCGGUGGCGAGUUCAAACGCCUAUCGAUAGCCUUAGAACUUGUAUCGGAUCCCAAAAUCAUGCUUCUCGAUGAACCAACCACAGGGCUGGACUCUGUUGUCGCGCAUCAGGUCCUCAACUACGUUCAAAGUCUAGCCGAGAGGCAGCGUAGAGCGAUUUGUUGCGUUAUUCAUCAGCCCAACUCCAAGGUGCUGCGGUUGUUCGACAACUUGUUGGUGCUCUCACAAGGGCGCAAAAUGUUCGGUGGAACCUUGGAUGAGAUGGUUGAAGCGUUCGAAAAAGUCGGGCUGGAGUGUCCGAUAUCGCACAAUCCAGCGGAUUAUGCUCUCGAGGUGGCUAGAUCAGUUCAUGGAAGUGACAAACUUGACCGGCUGAUAUCGAACGCCAAAGAACCAAAUCUGGAGAGACCUUUGGUAACCAAUGAACAUGAAAACUCUUCCAUUGAACAGAGUAAAAAACUCGCCAGUUUCCAACAAAUCAUCCUCCUACUCGAUCGAACGACAAAAUGUACGAUGCGAGAUCUGUACAACUUCAAAGCUCGUUCGCUAAUAUGCCUGGUCACCGGAUUGUUGAUUGGGAUAGCAUUUUACGAUACCGGUAACAAUGCCGCCAAAGUUCUUUCGAACACUUCGGUGCUGAUGAUCGCCGUCUAUAGCCAGUGCUUCACCUGUAUUUUCUCAGCUAUUCUUACGUUUCCACUGGAAUCGGCCACCUUUGUACGUGAGCACAGAAACAAUUGGUACGAUCUGACCCCUUAUUACAUCUCUAAGAUUAUCGUUGAAGUGCCGGCUUUGAUCUUCUCCACAUCGACGUCGUUUUUCAUCAUCUACUACCUAACCUCACAGCCAUGGGAACUGUUCCGGAUUGGCGUCCUCUGGAUCAUCUCUCUGCUCUCCGGAUGGCUGACGCUGCUCAUGGGGCUCUGGUUCGGCACGAUCUAUCCAAUGCAGACCGGCAUCUUUGCAGCCAUCAUGAUUAUCAUACCGAUAAGUUUAUUUUCCGGGUUCUUCGUGACACUCAAAGAUAUGCCCUGGUUCCUGAAGCCAUUUACGUACCUGUCCUACACGCGGUAUAGUUUGGAGGGUGCCAUUAAUGCCAUCUACGGAUUUGACAGGGAAGAGUUGGAAUGUCCGGAGAUGUUUUGUUACUUUACUUUGAAUAAAUUUCUGGCAAUGUUCGGGAUGCCGGAGUUGAGUUGGAGCUUCGAUGUGCUGGGAUUAACAGUGGGAUGUCUGCUGUUACACGUUCUGAUCUAUUUGAGCCUUAGGAAAAGGAUUCGUCAAGAUGCUGUGUAGUGAUAGUAUUGAAACCUGAGUGUGAUUACUUAGUAUGUAUGUAGAUGUUGUAAAGAUAGGA